AUGGCGACCGGCGAGCGGGUGGCUGCGCUGCCUCCUCUCUGGCCGGUAGAGGCCCGGUUGGCGGCGCUGCUUCCCGACCUUCUGGUGUUCAGGAAGCCCCGGGGAUCGGAACCCGAGCUCGCCACGGCUCAGGGCGUCCUCCUUGGCGUCCACGUGACGGGGUUUACAGCAUUAAUGGAUAGGUUCAGCCUGACCUGCAAGUCGGAACAUGACAUGGACAAACUGGCCCACAUCUUCAGUUAUUACAUUAGUGACAUCGUGGAGCAUGUUCUUUGUUUUGGAGGAGAUAUCCUAAAUAUCACAGGGAAUGUGCUCCUGGCACUCUGGACAGUGAAACAGAAUCAACUCAGUGACAUCAUUACCCUGGUGGCAAAAUGCAGUCUGGAGAUACAGGAGAAAUUUGGGAUCUACCAUACGAGAGAAGGCCAGGACCUAAAGCUAAAGAUAGGUCUAUCUGCAGGUCGGAUUUCCCAGGUUAUUGUUGGAGACCAGCAGCGACAGUACCUCUUGGUGAUCGGGCGGGAUGUGGAUGAUGUCCAGGUAGCACAGCGUUUGGCUCAGGCAAAUGAGAUUGUCUUGUCCUGGAACUGCUGGAAGCUCUGUGAGCAGUACAUGUUUGAAGUGGAAAUCAUGAGGGAGGAUGAAGCUGUGAAGUUAAGAGAUAUGCGGAUCAUUGACCCAUUUGAUUUUGAUGAGCAUUUUGACAAGUGCCUUGAUUACCUGCCACAUUACCGGACAAGUGCUGAUACUCUAAGAACUGCCCUGGAGUUGGAUCCAGACUCUGCGCUUGAACAAACCCUGCGAAAGCACAUAACGAAAAACCUUUUGAAGAAGAUUGAUGAAGGGCAACCUAUGGAGUACAUAUCCGAAUUCCGUACUGUGACUAUGGUUUUGGUCAGCCUAGAGUUCAACAAGACAGCAUGGAUGUUGCAUUUAUGUCAUCUUAUCCAGGAGGCUGCCCUGUAUAUCUCCACAGUCAUAGAGAAAGGGGGUGGCCAGCUAAGCCAGAUCUUUAUGUUUGAGAAAGGCUGCAUGUUCUUCUGUGUUUUUGGCCUUCCAGGGGAUAAGAAGCCAGAUGAGUGUGCACAUGCCCUGGAGAGCUCCUUCAGCAUCUUCAGCUUCUGCUGGGAGAAUCUUGCUGAGACCAAGCUUGUUUCUGUCAGUAUCACCAAUGGACCAGUAUUCUGUGGCGUGAUUGGGGCAGUUGCAAGACAUGAAUAUACAGUUAUUGGCCCAAAGGUGAGCCUUGUGGCCAGGAUGAUAACUGCUUAUCCAGGUUUGGUGUCCUGUGAUGAGGUAACAUAUCUAAGAUCCAUGCUGCCUGCUUACAACUUCAAGAAACUCCCAGAGAAAAUGAUGAAAAAUAUCUCCAACCCAGGGAAGAUGUAUGAAUACCUUGGCCAUAGAAGAUGUAUAAUGUUUGGGAAGAGACAUUUGGCCAGAGAUAGAAAUAAAAAUCACCCUUUGUUAGACCGGGGGAAAGAACUAGAAGCCUUCCAAAUGGCACAGCAGGAAUGUUUGCGCCAGAAGAAGGGACAAGCAGUUUUGUAUGAAGGUGGAAAAGGCUAUGGAAAAAGUCAGCUGUUGGCUGAAAUAAACUUCCUGGCCCAAAAGGAGGGGCACAGGGUGUUACCAUUGAAGCUGAAGGAAGCAGAUUUCAAGCAGUGCUUCUAUGCCAUCCAGACCCUCAUGGCCAUCUUCUUUGACAUUGAUACGUGUCCAGCCUAUUACCGGCAAGAGUGUCUACACAAACAGCUCCGUGGGAUAGUAGAGGAACCUCUUUACUGCCUUUUUAAUGACCUCUUCUUUGUGAAGUUUCCCUUGUCCUUCAAAGUUUCGCACAUGGAUGACCUGACCAGACAAAAGAAGGUUAAGGCAUGUUUUUUUCAAGUGCUUCAAGAGGCAGUGAGGGAAACACCACUGAUUUUCCUCAUUGAUGAAGCCCAAUAUAUGGAUGCGGCUUCCUGGGAGUUUUUGGAAACAUUACUCUCCACUGUGCCCAUCAUCAUGGUGAUGACAUUGACCCCUAUCUUCACCCUGUGUGGCUGUGCCCAACACUUCCUGCAGAGCUCUCAGGCCGUCCUUGUGCCCAUUUUGAAGUUGGCAACAACCUCACUGUUGAGAAUGGCAUGUUGGGAACUGGGGGUGGUGAGCAUCCCCCAAGAGCUGCAGAUGUGCUUUGGAAACCCCCUCUACUGUGAGGUCUUAUGCCAGGACCUUCUCUCCAAAGAUAUGUUGCUCUUUCAUGACCUCCAAAAGGAGGAGGAGAAGAGCAAAUGGGAGACCCUCUCAGCCAAUGCCAUGAAAUCCACAAUGUAUGGUAUUCUUCCUGCUGGCUGUGAAGAAGACCAAGAACUUUAUAUCUGCACAGUCAAGGAUAAUGUGAACUUGGAUACAGUGCUUCUUCCACCAUUAUUAAAAGAAAUAGCAGUAAACCAGUUGGAUCAGUUGAACCUAGAGGAGCAGUUACUGGUUAAGUGUGCUGCAGUCAUUGGUCACUCCUUCCACAUAGAUCUGCUGCAGCACCUCCUGCCUGCCUGGAAUAAAAACAAGCUACUUCAGGUGCUGAGGGCUCUUGUGGAUAUGCAUGUGCUCCGCUGGUUCAACAGGAGUCAAGAGCUUCCUGCUGAGUCAAUAUUAGUGCCUUCCUCUAUCAAAAUUAUUGAACAAACCAAAGAGGAGAAGAAGAAAAAGCCAGAUGCUGACUCCCCUCUCAGUCUGCAAGAGGAAUUAUCCCUACCUCAAACAGAGGUGCUAGCAUUUGGAGUGCCACUGUUACGAGAAGCUGCUUGGGAGCUGUGGCCCAAGGCACAGCAGAUAGCCCUGCACCUUGAAUGUGCAUGCUUUCUCCAAGAUUUGGCCUGCCGCUGUGGGAGCUGUCAGGGGGGGGACUUUGUCCCCUUCCACCGUUUUGCUGUCUGUUCUGCCAAGAGCUGCAGUGGGACCUCCCGGUUUUGUAGUUACAAAGAUACUGGCUCAGUACUAACACAAGUGAUCACAGACAGGUUGCAGCUGCCUUCUCCCCAAGAUAGUUUUCAGUUCCAGACAAAACCAUUCAGAAGUCAAGAGACCUUCACAAGUGAACGCUGCAGAACAGAGGAAGAGUUCCUGGAUCAGGUGAACAGGAAGCUGGCUCAGAGCAGCCCCGACAAAGACAUGCUGACCAGAAAGCCCUGUCACUGUGAGGAAAUCCUGCAGUUCGUGCUCUCACCCCUCACCCGGCACUGCCUGGUCAUCGGAGAGACCACAUGUGCAUUUUAUUACCUGCUGGAGGCCGCUGCUGCCUCCUUGGACCUGUCAGAGAAUUACAUGGCCUUCUUUUAUUUGAGGAAGGCAAGCAGUCUUCUGGGCCAGCCCUCAGCAUUCUCAUUUUUGAAAAAGCACAAGGUGAAGAUCUGUCAGUUUGAGGAGGCCACUUUCUGCUGUCUUCGGUCAGAGGUCUGUUUCAACAUGGGACAGAUCACAUUAGCCAAAAAAUUGGCCAGGCAAGCCCUUCGACUGCUGAAAAGGAGUUUCCCUUGGACCUGGUUUGGUGUCUUUUUCCAAACAUUCCUGGAAAAAUAUUGGCGUUCCUGUUCACUAAGCGAAUCUCCAGACAACCCUAGUGAGAACAAUAAGAAGAAGCUGGCAGUCCUGCAGCAGCAGGUCCGCUGCCUCUCCUUGCUCGGGCAGCUCUAUAACCUGGACACCACAGCCAGCAGCCGCAGGUUUGCCUGCCUCGCCACUCUCAUGCAGAAGAAUUCUGCUGAGGAAUUUGCAGAUGAAGCCCAGGUUGUCUCUACCUAUGUGGCCCUAUCCCAGUUCUCCCAGAAUAUGGGUGACAGAGACAAGUGGCUACAGUGUGAGCAGAUGGCCAUUCAGAAAAGCAGCCUAUGUUGGUUCUCCAGGGAGGGAUUAUUGGCCACAGCCCGGCUCAUGCAGGCCUUAGCCUACACCAAGCUCUGCCUUGGCCAUCUUGACUUCUCCAUCAAGCUGGGUUUUCAAGCUCAUGAGAUAUGCAGACACCUCAAGAAACCAGCUCUGGAGAAUCUGGUUCUUUCAGUUCUCUUCAGAUCUGCAUUUCUAAAGAAGAAAUUUGAUCUAUGUGUCCGUGUGCUGGAGAGUCAAUGGGCACUCAUUUCCCAGAGUCAUGAUGUCCUUGGCCUGGCCUGCUUCUAUUCUGCUUGCUUAGAUCUACUGCUCUAUGGAAAAGGAUUGCUAUGCCGGUCCUUUGGCGAGUGUCUGCAUUUCAUUCAACACUGUGAGCACAGCUGCAUCCUAAACUCUCAGAGUAAUGUCAUGCUGGGGGUCCACUCAUCUCUGGCCAUGUGGUUUGCCCAGGACUCGCAGUGGAAUCUGGUUGAGUACCACAUCUCCAAGGCUCGCCAGUUGGUGAAAAGAACCAAUGCCUCACUAUUUGGUUCACAUGGCUUUGUCCGAUUCCUGGAGUGCCAUGUGCUGAUGUUACAAAAAAUGCCAGAGGGUGUCUUCAUGCAUACUCCCCCAGAGACCCGCAGCCAAACCCUCAAGUACUGUAAGGAGUUCUUCUCUCGAUGUGUGACCUGCCCAGUCUAUCACCAGUGGGUCUCUGAGCUUAAAACCUUCAUAAUGAGAUAUGGACAGAGAGAAUCCAUGUCCUCCACUAAUAUUGCCAGACCUUUUGACACCUGCUUGACCACGAUUUGGAUAGAGGGAGAAUUCCUGGAGGAAAACAACUUCUUUGGAAGAAAUUUAGGAAUGCAGAGAUUUGACAGAGUGUCUGAUGUCAAGGAGAAUAAGGAUGAAGAAAUUCAAGAAUGUGUAUGUUAA